ACGCAACGUUAAUUCUAGAAGGCCUCCUGUCCCUUCCUGCUCUGGGUGCUCAUGGAACCAGCUGCUGCUCUGCACUUCUCCCGGCCAGCCUCCCUCCUCCUCCUCCUCCUCCUCCUCCUCAGCCUGUGUGCACUGGUCUCAGCCCAGUUUGUUGUCGUGGGGCCCACUGAUCCCAUCCUGGCCACAGUUGGAGAAAACACUAUGUUACGCUGCCAUCUGUCACCCGAGAAAAAUGCUGAGGACAUGGAGGUGCGGUGGUUCCGGUCUCAGUUCUCCCCCGCAGUGUUUGUGUAUAAAGGUGGGAGACAGAGAACAGAGGAGCAGAUGGAGGAGUACCGAGGAAGAACCACCUUUGUGAGCAAAGAUAUCAGCAGGGGCAGUGUGGCCCUGGUCAUACACAACAUCACAGCCCAGGAGAACGGCACCUACCGCUGUUACUUCCAAGAAGGCAGGUCCUCCGAUGAGGCCAUCCUGCACCUUGUAGUGGCAGGACUGGGCUCUAAGCCCGAAGUUGAAAUGAGGGGCCACGAGGACGGGGGCAUCCGGCUGGAGUGCACAUCUAGAGGGUGGUACCCAAAGCCCCUCACAGUGUGGAGGGACCCCUAUGGUGGUGGGGUUGUGCCUGCCCUGAAGGAGGUCUCCCUGCCUGAUACAGACGGCCUCUUCAUGGUCACCACAGCUGUGAUCAUCAGAGACAAGUCUGUGAGGAACAUGUCCUGCUCUAUCAACAACACCCUGCUCGGCCAGAAGAAAGAAAGUGUCAUUUUUAUUCCAGAAUCCUUUAUGCCCAGUGUGUCUCCCUGGGCAGUGGCCCUGCCUAUCAUUGUGGCUAUUCUGAUGAUACCCAUUGCCAUAUGCAUCUAUUGGAUCAACAAACUCCAAAAGGAAAAAAAGAUUCUGUCAGGGGAAAAGGAGUUUGAACGGGAAACAAGAGAAAUUGCUGUAAAGGAACUGGAGAAAGAACGUGUGCAAAAAGAGGAAGAACUUCAAGUAAAAGAGAAACUUCAAGAAGAAUUGCGAUGGAGAAGAACAUUCUUACAUGCUGAUGAUGUCUCGCUCUGUCACGCAGGCUGGAGUGCCAUGGCACAAUCUGGGCUCACUGCAACCUCUGCCUCCCGGGUUCAAGCAAUUCUUGUGCCUCAGCCUCCUGAGUAGCUGGGAUUACAGAUGUGCACCACCAUGCCCAGCUAAUUUUUGUAUUUUUAGUAGAGAUGGGGUUGCACCAUGUUGUCCAGGCUGGUCUCGAAUUCCUGAUCUCAGGUGAUCCACCUGCCUCGGCCUCCCAAAGUCCUGGGAUUACAGGCAUGAGUCACCGUGCCUGGCCAGAGAUCAUAUGUCUUGAAUAGAAAGGGGAACACAUCUUAGAAUGCUGAGAGAAAGUAAGAAUGAUUGAUUUUACUUCAUUUGCUAAACUUUCCGGAUUUCUUAGAGCUCCAAUUCUUCUCGAACUGAGAGAACUGCUUCUGUCACUGGAAAGACAGACAUGCAGCUUCAGUAAUUCUCAGUGUGUGAGCUGCCUAGGAUCAGAGAGCCUUCAUGGAAGUGGCCACUACAUGGGGAUCCUUCAAACAUAUCUGAGACCUCUCUGGGGAUCAGGAACCACACAAUCCCCAGGGUUCCUGAGACCCCAGGCCUAAACCUGAGACUUCCUCUGCAGUCGAUGUGAUCCUGGAUCCAGACACCGCUCAUCCCGAUCUCUUCCUGUCGGAGGACCGGAGAAGUGUGAGAAGGUGCCCCUUCAGGCACCUAGGGGAGAGCGUGCCUGACAACCCAGAGAGAUUCGACAGUCAGCCUUGUGUCCUAGGCCGGGAGAGCUUCGCUUCAGGGAAACAUUACUGGGAGGUGGAGGUGGAAAAAGUGAUUGAGUGGACCGUGGGGGUCUGUAGAGACAGUGUUGAGAGGAAAGGGGAGGUCCUGCUGAUUCCUCAGAAUGGCUUCUGGACCUUGGAGAUGCAUAAAGGGCAAUACCGGGCCAUGUCCUCCCCUGAUAGGAUCCUCCCUUUGAAGGAGUCCCUUUGCCGGGUGGGCGUCUUCCUGGACUAUGAAGCUGGAGAUGUCUCCUUCUACGACAUGAGGGACAGAUCGCACAUCUACACAUGUCCCCGUUCAGCCUUUUCCAUGCCUGUGAGGCCCUUCUUCAGGUUGGGGUGUGAGGACAACCCCAUCUUCAUCUGCCCUGCACUCGCAGGAGCCAAUGGGGUCACGGUGCCUGAAGAGGGCCUGACACUUCACAGAGUGGGGACCCACCAGAGCCUGUAGAAUCAAUUCCUUGGUCUCACAGCCAUGUAGACAAGCCCUGGUCAUCUCAGCAGCCACCGCACAACGCCCCUGGUGGAAGACACGCCCUCCUCCCCUCUGGUCACACAAGAGAAUGUCUUCCAGCUGCCUCUUUCACACCCACUCCAGACCUCAGCCCCAGUUUUCUCCUCCUCACUAAGCUGUGUUUUUAGUAGUUCCUUUGCUUGUAACUAUGCGAUGGGAUCCAGGCAUAGGGAACUAGUUAUUACACAGCUCCCAGCCAAGAAGAAAGUGUGAGAAGUUGAUGGGCAGCGAACCUGCUAUUUAACAUCAGGGUGGCCACAUUGAGCCCAGUAUUCCAGUUGGCACCAGAUGAUAUGGACUUGGAAUGAGGCCAACAGGGUUCACCAGGAUGUAAGAGGAGAGAGGAAUCCACAGGACCACCGGAGAGGAGAGGGAACAAGAUAUGCAGGUCAGAGAUAGAGGAAGUGGAACCAGAGAGCUGGGACGGACCAAGGUUGUAAGGGUGGCUAAGUCCCACCAUAACAGCUAAGGGGACCUGGGAGAUGAUGGCUCAUUUCCACCCAACCCCAGGAUUUCCAGAGCGCACAUCCACAGGCCUGGACCUGGGAUGAAGAUGAAUGAAGAACAUGGAUGCACGUGGAUGUGGUUUGGCUCAGGUGUCCCUGCAGUUGGCAAGGAGUCAGUACUCAGUCCCUGAGUGUGGUUGAAGUUUGAGGUCCUGGCUGAGCCAAGGAGUAAUGGACCAGAUCUACCUCAGUAUUCAGCUUCAGUGGGGACACUAGUGGCUUCAAACUUCCUGGUCUCAUGGUAUCUUGAGACAUCUUACAAAUGAUGGAGGAUUCCAAAGAGUUUUUGUUUAUUUGGGUUAACAUUUGUUGGUAUUUAUGGCAUUUGAGAUUGAAACUAAGAAAUGUUUUAAUUUAUUACCUUUACAACAUUUAUUUACAUUACAUACAUACAUUUACAACAUUUAUUAAUUUAUGUUAAAAUAGCAUGAAUAAGCCAAUUACGGGUUAAUAUAAGUAGAAUGUUUGUGAAAAAAGUAUGGUAUCCAAAGCAAAAUAAAUUUUAUUGAGAAGUGUG